UUCCCAAAAAAAAGAUUAGGCAUAACCAUCUUCGUUUUUUCCGUUUUCUCUCUUCAACAACCCCUGCUCAUUCGCGGCGGCGGCGGCGGAGGCGUCGUCCAUCUCCAUGAACACGGUGGCUUCGCUCUCUUUGGCGCCGCACUUGCUCAUUAAACCUGCCUUCACGUGCUUCUCCAGAAAGGGAGUUGGUCGCUAUGGUGGAAUCAAGGUGUAUGCGGUACUCAGGGAAGAUGGAGCUGAAUUCGCAAAGAACAACAACCUGGAGGCCCUGUUCCAUGUCGAUGACCCUGGGCCGAGGGUCCCAAUCAAGAAGGGCAAGUUCCUGGAUGUGAAUGAGGCUCUCGAGGUGGUCCGAUUCGACAUCCAGUACUGCGAUUGGAGGGCGCGGCAGGAUCUCCUAACCAUCAUGGUUCUCCACAACAAGGUGGUUGAGGUUCUCAAUCCUUUAGCAAGGGAAUUCAAGUCGAUUGGAACCUUGAGGAAAGAGCUUGACGAGUUACAGGAGGAACUUGCAAAAGCUCACAAUCAGGUUCAUUUAUCGGAAGCAAGGGUAUCAUCUGCGCUCGACAAGUUAGCACAUAUGGAGACCCUGGUAAAUGACAGGCUAUUGCCGGAUGUAGCCUCUAGCUCAUCCACAGCUGAGGCCACUUCCCUGGCUCCAAGUACAUCAUCGACCACCCAAGUCCGAGCCAAGAAACAACCACGUCGGAGUCUUGACGUGUCUGGUCCUGUGAAGCCUUACAAUCCCAGCUUGAAGAACUUCUGGUACCCAGUUGCCUUCUCCAGCGAUCUGAAAGAUGACACAAUGGUACCAAUAGAUUGUUUCGAGGAACAGUGGGUGAUAUUCCGCGGAAAAGAUGGAAGGCCUGGCUGUGUUCAGAACACAUGUGCUCACAGAGCUUGCCCCCUUCAUCUCGGUUCAGUAAACGAGGGCAGAAUCCAGUGCCCUUACCAUGGCUGGGAGUACUCAACUGAUGGAAAAUGUGAAAAAAUGCCAUCAACAAAAAAGAUCGAUGUGCGCAUCCAGUCAUUGCCAUGCUUUGAGCAAGAAGGAAUGGUUUGGAUUUGGCCUGGGGAUGAGCCGCCAAAGGCCACAAUCCCUUCUCUGCUGCCUCCUUCAGGAUUUAUGGUUCACGCAGAGAUAGUGAUGGAGCUACCUGUUGAGCAUGGCCUUCUUCUGGACAAUCUGUUGGACCUUGCUCAUGCUCCUUUUACACAUACAUCCACCUUUGCCAAGGGUUGGAGUGUUCCAAGCUUGGUGAAGUUCCUGACACCUUCAUCUGGGCUCCAAGGAUACUGGGAUCCUUACCCCAUCGACAUGGAGUUCCGACCACCGUGCAUGGUCUUAUCAACCAUCGGCAUUUCAAAGCCUGGAAAGCUAGAAGGGAAGAGCACCCAGCAAUGCUCGACACAUCUACAUCAACUCCAUGUUUGCUUGCCUUCCUCUAGGAAUAAAACUAGGCUGCUGUACCGGAUGUCACUAGACUUCGCUCCCUGGCUCAAGCACAUACCGUACAUGCACCUACUGUGGUCACAUUUCGCCGAGAAGGUCUUGAAUGAGGACCUACGGCUUGUUCUUGGGCAACAAGAACGAAUGAUCAAUGGUGCCAACGUCUGGAACUGGCCGGUAUCGUAUGACAAGCUCGGAAUCCGGUAUCGGUUGUGGAGGGAUGCAGUCGAGAGGGGCUCCGACCGGUUACCAUUCAGUAACCAAGCUGAUACUGGAUCGUAGCCAGUGGAGUGCUUCACCUGUAGUCUAUUUCUCGUCGCAUUUCUUAGCAAGACGGUGGCCAGAAUUAGCUGCUGGAAUCAUAUCCACAAUUCACCAUUUGCCUGAGACCGCUCUGCAUUGGAACAUUCUGGGAAGGAGGGCUGAAUCAGAGAAUGAUGGGCAACAUCAUUGUCUGAUGUCAACAUUGUACACUAGCGACGGCAUCACGGGAUGCAAUUGUAAUCUGAGAUUGAUCUGUUUUUUUUCCUCUUCUUCUUUUUCACCCUUUUAUGUAAAGAUUCAGCGAAUGUUACUCUGUCAAAGCAUGUACUAUAAUCAUACUACCAGCUACGGAGACAUGUUCAUAUGAGAAAUGGCAGCUAUUCCUACAGCAGCA